UGGGAGAGAAUCUCCAUCCCUGAAAGAAUCAGCUACAAAAAGCUCGGAAGAUGAGCAAAAUUGGUACUCAGAAGCCAUUGGCUUUGCCACUACUCAAAACAUCUCAACCUUCUUUGACAUAGCACAAGAAUUGUGGUUGGGGCGCCGAUGAUAUGGCUAUUCCCGCAGGAACUCGUCUGAUCGUCCAGCUUCUGGGCAUAUGCAUAGCCUGUUUUCUAUCCAUCAACGGCGUUGAAUCCAACCCCUCCUCCGAAGCAGUUUUCGACAUUUUCAACUACGGCGCUAAAACUGAACCAAAAUUUGACAAUGCACAGGCUAUUAUUAAGGCUUGGAAGGCAGCAUGUGAGUCGAGCGGACCGGCAAAGGUUGUGAUCCCUGCCGGGGAUUUCAUGGCCGGCGAGGUUGUUUUCUCUGGACCCUGUAAGGCUCACACCACCACCGUCGAAAUCCAGGGCCAUCUAUUGGCAAACAUUGACCCGAGUACUUAUACUAGCGGCGCCUGGAUCAUGGUCCAAAGGGUCGACAAUGUUGUGCUCACCGGUGGAGGGAUCAUCAACGGUGAGGGCAAGUAUGAUUGGAAGUACGCAGAUGGUGUCAGCCCUCUUCCAGUUUCUCUAAUAUUUCAAGAGGUUGGAAACAGCAAAGCACACAACUUGAAAUUUGUAGACAGCAUGGGUUUCCACAUUGAGGUGAUGGACAGUCACGAAAUCGACCUGUUUAACUUGACGAUCACUGCCCCAGGAGAUAGCCCUUACACCGAUGGAGUCCACCUCACUAAUAACAUAAAUGUUAACGUAACCGACUCCGUCAUAGCAACAGGAGAUGAUUGUGUUUCGAUUGGACAUGGCAACCAAAACAUCGUUGUUGCCAGAAUAACCUGUGGUCCCGGACAUGGAAUCUGUGUCGGGAACCUGGGAAAGCAGGCGGACGAGAAAGACCUGAAAGGAGUGACCAUAAGCAACUGCACACUCACAGGGACGACAAACGGUGCAAGAAUCAAAACGUACCACGAUUCGGCCCAGAUUACGGCCAGCGACAUUGUUUUCCAAGAUAUUCAGAUGAAUAAUGUUCAGAAUCCAAUCAUGAUUGAUCAGCAUUACAACUCCACAACAACAACCGCGCAAUCGAAGGUGAAGAUCAGUAACGCUCGAUUCGUGAACAUAAAGGGGAGCUCAGCUUCGGCGGUGGCCGUGUCGCUGAAUUGCAGUUCCGCAGUCCCUUGUGAAGGCAUUGAACUGGCGGACAUUGAUCUCAAGCCCGCUGGUUCCACAGGCCCUCUCACCUCUGCAUGUUCCAACGCCAAAACUGUACUCAAAGGAACACAAAGUCCCCCAGGUCCCGCUAAUUGUCUCUAAAUUUUAUUCUGCAAGAAAAUUAGCAGCAUCACAGGGAAUUUUAGAGUACUAUAAUAUAUAUUUUUAAUCUCCA